CUGUGACCAUGGAGCCGAACUGCUGCGGUUCUGCAGCUCCGUCCGGUUUGACGGUCCAGGUGUGUUUUCCCGGCGCCCGUGCUGCAGUUCUGGACAAUCUGAACCGGCAGCGUGAGGAGGGCCGGCUGUGUGAUCUGUCCAUCCAGGUCCAGGGUCAAGUGUUCAAAGCCCACCGCUGUGUGCUCGCUGCAUCCUCACCUUACUUUCAUGACCAGGUUUUACUGAAGAACGUGACGACCGUCUCCCUCCCCUCGGUCAUGGACCCAGUGGCCUUUGAGAGCGUCCUGAGUUCUGCCUACACGGGCCAGCUGAGCAUCGUCCACGAUGACAUCGUUAACUACGUGACGGUGGCCAGCUUCCUCCAGAUGUGGCACAUAGUGGAUAAAUGCACCGAGAUCCUGAAGAGACCUCGCUUGUCAGGAGAGGCCACCACCGCUCCGCCCGGCUCUGCGUCCCGCCAGCAGUCACCGAGCAGCACCGACUGCCUGUACACGGAGCGGGAGGCCCGGCGCAGGGACAGGAGGCCCGACGCCUUACCGCCGUUAGCCACGUGGAGACGACCGCAGCAGCUGGGGAGGUGGGGUCGCCCCCGCCCCCCAUCAGAGCUGCACUCAGCUGACUCCCAGCUGGACGGCCUCCAGAGCUAUGUGGAGAAUAAAGAUUUCUCCUGCUGCGACGAGGCAUGGGCUUCAAACCAAAAUACAACCAGCUCUCUGGGUCCGGACGGAGCGGGUCAGAACAGCCGGCACCACGGGGCGGGGCUCGGUGGAGACGGUUUAAAGCAGAAGGUGAAGCUUCAGCUGCGAGGAGCAGAAAGACGGCUGGAAAAGACCAGAGAGAGCGAUGAGAGUCAGGAGGGGAGGAGGACAAAGACGAGAGGGACUGAGGCUGAUGAAGGAGUUGGAGAGGAGGAGAGGAAGGAGGCUCCAAUGGACUUCCUCCUGCCUGACCCUGAGGAACGCCUCUCAGGGAGGCAGAGCCUCCAGGGGAUAAAGGAGAAGGUCCAGAGAGGUUCUGAUGGAGGGGAUGCAUCCUCUGACCCAUCUGGACCAGAUGAAGUCCCGGGCAGGGUCCAGUGGCAGACCGGGUCCUGGGCUCAGAUGGAGCAGAGACCUCAGGGAGGUGAUGAUGAAGAGGAGGAGGAAGAGGAGGAUGUGGACUUUGAGUGUCUUACAGACAGCACCUUCAGCAGGGACACGUACGAUGAGAUCGAGGACGGGACGGGUCAGGUGUCCCAGAGGUCUCUGGUGUCUCCUGACUUCAGCCUGGGGGGCUCAGUUGGGACCUGGACGUCCACUGGCGGGGGUCCGGGAGCUUCUCUGACUGCAGCCUCCAGCCACGUGUCCCCGUCAGCCGCGGCCUUUCCUCCUUCACCUCCAACACCGUCCUCCUCGUCCUCGGCGUCCCUCUCUGGACCCGCUUACACUGGAAAAGUCCACUUCUGCCACUGCGGGAAGGCCUACACCCUGAAGAGCAUGCGGGACCGCCACGUGAAGAUGCAGCACCUCAACCUGCGUCCCUUCGGCUGCCCGGUCUGCACCAAGUCCUUCAAGAUGAAGCACCACCUGACGAAGCACCUGAAGACGCACGGGGGGCUGCGGCCCUACGAGUGCGGCCUCUGCGGCAAGAAGGUGGUCUGGAGGGACAGCUUCCUGAGACACCAGGCCCGCUGCCAGAGGCUCGCCGCCACCGGCAACACGGCGGCGCCGGACGGCUUCGGGUUCGAUGAAGGGGACCUUUUUGUCCCCACGGGAGCAGUGAAGUUGGAGCAGGGGGACUUCCACAGGGACGGCAGGACGGGUGGACCGCUGGAUGAGUCUGGGAUGGGACGGAGCUCGUCCCAGAACCUGGACUCUGUCCGUCAUGUUUUUAAAGAGGAAGCAGCUGAGAGUUUCACCGGGAGCUGA